AUGACAGCGCCAGCUAUCUGCCUCAACCCACCCUUCCGUGCCGAGCACAUCGGCUCGCUCAAGCGACCAGAAAUAUUGCUACGUACGCGCAAGGCCUACAGCGAGGGGCGAUGCACGCUCUCGACGCUGCGUGCGGCUGAGGAUGCCGCGAUACAGACUGCGAUACAGAUGCAGCGGGACGUGGGAAUCAAGGGCAUCACGGAUGGCGAAUUCCGGAGGCAUAUAUUCUUCGAGGGCGUGUUCGACCAACUAGAGGGCAUGAAGUAUAUACCCAAAGACGUGCCGGCGUUCAAGGAAAGCAAGACGACUGGCGUGCCUUCCUACGUCUGCGACGCAAAGAUCAGGCGCGUAAAACCGUUCUACAUCUCGCAAUUCGAAGACUUGAAGAGGCUCACACGGUCCGACGAGCACAAGAAUCUAAAGAUCACUAUGUGCGCGCCCGAGUGGUUUCACCUGCGGCAUGGCCCGUACUCCUACGAUACGUCUGUGUACCAAAACGAUGAGGAAUACUUCGCAGACAUCAUCAGGGCGUACAGAGAAGAGAUCGCAGACCUGUACGCUGCUGGCUGCAGAAAUAUCCAGAUUGACGCGCCCCUGCUCGCAUUCUUCUGCGACCAGAAGAUGCUGCAGGGCAUGGAGGAACGCGGAAUAGACCAUGUCGCGCUUUUCGACCUAUAUUGUCGGGUGUAUGACACAUGCCUCAAGGACCACCCCGCGGACAUGACGCUCGGGAUACACCUGUGCCGCGGGAACUUCAAGGGCGGCAGACAUUGGAGUGAGGGGGGCUACGACCGCAUCGCGAUCAAGCUCUUCCGCGAGAUCGCCGCGACGACGUACUACCUGGAAUAUGACACGGAGCGCGCCGGGACGUUUGAGCCCCUGCGCUGGCUGCCGAGGAACAAGUCUGUCGUCCUCGGCCUCAUGGAAGACAAAGAAGAGUUGAUUGCCCGCGUACACCGAGCAGCAGAGAUCAUUGCAAAUGGCGAGGAGCCGCGCUCUCUGGAAGAAGCGUUGAAUCAGAUAUGCAUCAGCCCUCAGUGCGGCUUCGCAUCGCAUGCCGAAGGAAACCCCGUCACGGAGGAGGACGUCGUGCGCAAGCUAGCUCUCGUCGUAGAGACUGCGAAAGCCGUAUGGCCCGAUGCGUGA